AUGAAGGUGUGUGCUGGAACUUGGAGAAGCUGUGCCUGGGGAUCUGCGGGGGAAGUCGCAGUGUGGCUGGUGCAAGGCGGUGUUCGCGAUUACGUCAUGGAGGCUGGGGAGACUACAACUGUAUACUUUGAACUGGACACUUCAGCGGUAUCUAGUUUGGAAAUAACAGUUGCAGUGAUGGCCACUUACAGACUGAAGGCAUAA